UGAUUUUCCACCGCAAUUCACAAUCCGAUAGCCGAAACUCUGUGAUAGUAGUGUUGUAGCGAUAAUCGUUUAGUUCGGCGCUGCGCCUAAUUCCUCACUAUUGCCCUACGCUCGUAGUUUUGUAGGUACAGUUGGAACUUUUUUUGAGUCGUUGUCACUUUUUGUGUCCGUAAUGACGAAUGACUCGACACUGAGUUGAUCUCAUACUUAACGGAGUUGUCAAAUUUGCAUAGUUUUAAAAUUUACCUACUUAUUAUUUGUUAUUUUUUAUUUAAAAAAAAAUUGUUAUUUUCUCAAGAAAUAAUACCGUGUUUUAUAAUGGCGGUGACCAAAACGAAAACGAACAAAAAACCUAGUGUGGCGGUGAAUGCGUACUUGUUCGCAUACAAUUUCAUUCAAGUUUUGGGAUGGAGUUAUUUGUUAUUUCAAAUCGUUAAUUUCUACUUGAACCCACCCAAAUCUCAAUCAUUGUGGGACAUUGUAAAGUAUACAGUUGGAAUUUUCCAAAAUGCUGCGUUCAUUGAGAUAUUCAAUGUAGCUACUGGUUUGGUGAAAUCUAAUUUGGCAGUUACUACUCAACAAGUUCUGUCUCGUGUAGCAAUUGUUGCUGCUAUAGCAUUUAUACCAGAGACAUCAGGCUCACCAGGUUUACCUUUGGCCUUAACUGCUUGGUGCUUUGCAGAAAUUACCAGAUACUCAUACUAUGGUUUCAAUAUUGUUGGUUAUAUCCCUUAUCCAAUUAUUUGGGCAAGGUAUACUUUCUUCUAUGUUCUUUAUCCAGUUGGUGUUACCGGAGAAUUAUUAGUUUAUUGGACAUCAUUAGGAUAUGUUGGAAGAACCAAAAUGUGGAGUAUUGAAAUGCCUAAUAAAUUAAAUAUUUCAAUGAGUCUAUGGUCUGCAAUUGCCAUGGUUAUGCUGAUUUAUAUUCCAUUAUUCCCUCAAAUGUACAUGCAUAUGGUAUACCAAAGGAAGAAAACUCUUGGAACCCCAGAAACCAAAAAAGUACAAAAGAAAGUUCAAUGAUUAAUGAUUUGUAUAUUUUACAACUACUGGGUACUGGGAAAUAUGUUAUUUUUUGUAAAUUGUUGCCGUGUCUUUGCCAAUUUUUUUAUAGACUGUUUUAUAUAUAAUAUAUAAUUUAAUAAUUACAAAUAAUAAAGCAUUAUUCAUUGUUUAGGUGUGAUAA